GAGACGCCCGGUUUCUGGUCGGCUGGACGCAAAGCGGCUGGGGGCGCCUUUGUGUGACGUGGCGGGCGAGGCGGCCGCAGUCCCGGGCUCGGGCAACCAUGACAGUUUCCUCUCUCGUCCAGCUUCGUUUGGUUUGGUGCUGUUGGACCCUACCAAGAUGGCAGAUGAACGGCCAUAAGAGACCCUUGGCAGUGUGGACCAGUGCUACUGCUCAGUGGACACUUAAGCAGAAGAAACCAGCAGAGCUAUACAGAAUACCAGUAUCCAGGCCACCCAUCUUAUCAGGCACCAGUCUACUGGGCAAGGGAGCUCUCUCUACAACCUCCAUCAGCCCCAAGGAAGUCAUGCUGACUAGUGAGCGGUAUGGUGUGCAGAGGCUGCCCUUCUCUCAUGUUUCUGAUAGUGAUUUAGCUUUUUUUGAGCACCUUAUACCUGGUAGAGUCAUCACAGACCCAGAUGAAUUGAGACCGUUUAAUGUGGACUGGCUGCAGUCAGUCCGAGGCUGCAGUAAGAUGUUACUGAGGCCACGGACAGCAGCAGAGGUAUCUGAGAUUCUCAGGUAUUGUAACAAAAGGAAGUUGGCAGUAAACCCCCAGGGAGGUAACACUGGCCUUGUGGGGGGCAGUGUUCCUGUCUUUGAUGAGAUUAUUAUCUCCACAGCUCUAAUGAACCAGGUCAUCAGCUUCAACAAUGUGUCUGGAGUCCUUGUUUGCCAGGCUGGCUGUAUUUUAGAGAACCUGAACCAGUAUCUUGAGGAGCUGGACUUCAUCAUGCCACUUGACCUUGGAGCCAAGGGCAGCUGCCACAUUGGUGGUAAUGUGGCAACAAAUGCAGGCGGCCUGAGGCUGUUGAGGUACGGCUCUCUUCGAGGGACAGUUCUGGGACUGGAAGUGGUCCUGGCUGAUGGCUCCAUUCUGAACUGCUUGGCUUCUCUGCAGAAGGAUAAUACUGGCUAUGAUUUGAAGCAGCUUUUCAUUGGAUCAGAGGGGACUUUGGGGGUCAUUACUGCUGUCUCUAUCCUCUGUCCACGGAAACCCAAGUCUGUGAAUCUGGUCUUCUUAGGUUGUCAGAGUUUCUCUCAGGUUCUUGGAACUUUCACUACCUGCAAAGGCAUGCUGGGAGAGAUCCUGUCUGCAUACGAAUUCAUGGAUGACAAGUGCAUGAAAUUGGUUGAGAACCACCUCAAACUGUCCAAACCAGUGACAGGAAGCCCCUUUUAUAUUUUAAUUGAAACAUCAGGCUCCAAUUCUGCCCAUGAUGAAGAAAAGCUGACCAACUUCUUGGAACAUGUCAUGGCCUCUGGUUUGGUGACCGAUGGGACUGUGGCCACAGAGGAUAAGAAAAUAAAGAUGUUGUGGUCUCUGAGGGAGCGGAUCACGGAGGCCCUAACUCAUGAUGGCUGUGUUUACAAAUAUGACCUCUCACUCCCUGUGGAGAGACUGUAUGACCUUGUGAUUGAUACCAGGGCUCGACUGGGCAAGACUGCCAAGAAUGUGGUUGGCUAUGGCCAUCUAGGAGAUGGAAACCUGCACUUGAACAUCACAGCUGAGUCCUACAGCCAUUCCCUGCUGAAUGCCAUUGAGCCAUUUGUGUACGAGUGGACUGCACAGUAUAAUGGCAGUAUCAGUGCAGAGCAUGGACUGGGCUUCAAGAAGAAGCAUUACAUUCAAUACAGUAAGCCACAGGAGGCAGUCCUUCUGAUGCAGCAGGUCAAAGCCAUGUUGGACCCCAAAGGGAUUCUGAACCCUUACAAGACACUGCCAGCUACUUCCUGAGUGCUUCGUGCUGCUGAGAAACAGGUGUAUAUCCUAUUGUAUCGACUGUAUCUCUAUCUCAU